UCAUGCUAGCGAAUAUUGGACGAGAAUCGUCCGUAACCUCCAUAACUUGGAACCCCUGAACGAUCCUCUUGCAUCGAAAUCUUCCAAGAUUCCAUCAUCCAUCAUCGCGACAUGUCGAUCAGCCGAAGGGCCAAGAAAUCUAACCAAGGAAACCUUGUCGUUUACCGAGGAAAGGGGAUAGUCCAGACUACUCGUCACAUUUCCGGGUCGCUAAUCCAGGAGGGACAUCUGUGAAACAGGGUCUUCUUAGGUUAUUGGCCUAAUAUGUAGAAUGACGCGGCUGGAGAUGCGGAUGUGACUAAGUAAUAUCGUGGUAACUAUGUCGAUAACCGGUUCUUCGGGUAUGGUAGGUAUUUAUGUCUGUCUUUCAAUGUUCUCAUAACGGAAGAGACUCGUCAGACCAGGCUAAAUAACCUUCGACCAUGCCUAGUCAAAAUUUCCUCAAUGUCUACAAAGGCCCAAACUCAGUUCGGGACUAUUUCGACCCGGACUCGACCCCCCCUUUACCACUGGUGGAGAUUCCAGACAAGCUUAACCCAUAUCGGCGCGAUGGGGUAAGGAUAUACGCGAAGAUGAUGACGAUGCAUCCGGCCAACAACGUAAAGUCCAUGCCGGCACUGAAUCUUUUGGAGAAGAGCGUGGUGCCGGGCAAAACCGACACCGUCAUCGAAUAUAGUUCGGGGUCAACCGUAAUAUCCAUGUCUCUCAUCUCACGAGUCUUCCACGACAUUUCGGAUGUCCGUGCAUUUUUGAGCAACAAGACAAGCAUGGCCAAAUUGCGGCUGAUGCAGUUUUUCGGCCUUGACAUCACACUCUUUGGCGGCCCGUCCCAACCCGAACCAACGGACGAGCGCGGCGGAAUAAGAGCUGCCGAAAGGAUGGCUGAAAGUAACGAGUCCAUCAUUAAUCCAAACCAAUACGAAAAUGACGCCAACUGGAAAUCGCAUGUCAGAUGGACAGGCCCUCAAAUCCUCAUGCAAUUACCAGAGAUCAACUUGAUCUGUGCUGGCAUGGGUACAUCAGGGACCAUGACGGGUCUAGGCAUGUUCUUCAAGGAAGCGAGGCCUUCAGUCUUCCGAUUAGGAGUCUGUACCGCAGCAGGUGAUAGGGUACCAGGCCCUCGAUCGUUCGCCCUCCUUGCCCCCGUCGAGUUCCCCUGGAAAUCGGCGGUGGAUCAUAUUGAGGAGGUCGGGUCACAUGACUCCUUCUCGUUGUCAUUAGACCUAUGCCGCGAAGGAAUUGUAUGCGGCCCAUCCUCCGGGUUUAAUCUUAAGGGCUUAUUUCAGUUCAUCGAGAAGCAAAAAGCUGCAGGGAAACUUCGGGAUUUUGCGGGUGCAGACGGCGAGAUCCAUUGCGUAUUCCUCUGCUGCGACCUUCCGUACCAAUACAUUAACGAAUACUUCGACAAAUUAAGCCCUGAACACUUCCCCUCGAUCACGAACGAGGCCUUGACUAAGGUUGACCUUUACCGAUAUGACGAGGCAUGGGAGAAGAAAGCGGAAGCUGCUCUGCCUUUAUUCCUAGAUGUGAAGAGACAUCCAUCCCAAAAUGGGCCACUAUCAGACCCAAAGUUGGAAAUAGUAGAUGAAAAGAGUCUCGGCGGUUCUAUCGCCGUCAAGGAUGGUGCAAUAAUCAUUGACCUCAGGCAACCUGCCGACUUUGACAGAUUCAGUCUGCCCGGGUCUGUGAACUUACCGUUUGCGGAUCCGUCGAAACCCAGUCCGUUCUCAGACCCGACUGUCCUGGAAGCACUGUGGCUGAAGCUAGAGGACUUUUUCAAAACUCCGAGCGAUUAUGCGCAUCCUUUAGUGCAAGGCAAGCGAAUCUUGUUGCUGUGUUACGAUGGCGAUAGCUCUCGCGUAGCAACCAGCGUGCUGCGAGCCAAGGGUUAUGAGGCCGACAGUUUGCGUGGUGGGUUUCUUGCAUUGGGUGAAUUGGACAUAAGACAAGCUAGAGGCGAGUGUAUCGUCAGCAAUAGCCAAGGAAACAAGCAAGGAAUAGCGGUGUCAUGUGAAGUUCAGCUCGUCACUCCUUCAUGACGGUUAGUUUGAGGGGUAAAAUGGUGGUUGUAUUGCGUUGCAUGGUGUUGUAGUUGACAUGCAGGUUGACAAUAGGUUGAAGGACAGUUGAAGGACAGCGGAAGGAGGUAAAUCCUUAGGCACCCAUGUAGCUGUCUUAGUAAGAGUAAGAGUUCCAAGGUAUUAUUAGCUUAGCGCAACCCGUAUUGGUGGUAUAUAGGAUAAAAGGAUAUUUUGGAUUGUUGAAUAUUACACAACGACCAGCCAAAUUACCUCUUCCGUUCACCAACUGGAGGAAAACUGGAGGAAAAUAACUCCCAGUACCUACCUCCAGCUGUAUUUUUACCGGAUACGGCAAGCAAGGGGCAGAAGAUGCCUUUAUCGAGAUUUUCCCGAUAGGUGGCUAAGGCAAACGAGCUAUACCUAAUCCGGUAAAAGCUUAGGCAGAAAGUUCCGAGUACC